AUGAACAACAAAGGUAGGAGGAACAAGUCUCUCUGUGAGGAGUCGAUGCUGAUGGUGACAAACAUCGUCAAACUGUCAUCCUUUUCUAUCAUUAAGACAAGUCGUGGAAAAGCUGCACCCCAACCAGCUACCAAAGACGUUGCAUCGGUGACAAGCUCAGUGAAACUGGUUGAUCUGGGAAGUUCAAGGCCCUCGUACCUAACUGAGCUGGGUGAAGGAGACAAGUCUUCCUAUGUGGUUCAUGAAGAGAAUAAUGUAGAUAGUCAGGCUUCAGAUUAUAUUCGGAAGGUGCACGAGAAGAAUCGAAAUGACUCUAACGAGACAUUGAGCCUUUCUCCAUAUAUAAUUCCUCCCCCACCUCGUGCAGUGAUGCAGUGA